GGGAGGAGCCAUCGUGUCGGCCUCCCUGGACAAGACCCUCCGUGUGUGGCACCUCGGGCGCUGUGUGGCCACCCUGACCGGCCACGAGGGCCCCGUCCUCUCCCUGCUCGUCCUCCCCGCCACGGGGGAGAUCCUCAGCGGCAGCGGAGACACCACCGUGCGCCUCUGGGCGCCCCAGCAACCGCAACCCCCCCAAUCCGCCUCCGAAACCCCCGCCUCGCCCUUCUCCUCCUGGCGCUGCGUUCGCACCCUGAAGGCGCAUGCCGACACGGUUCGUGGCAUGUGUUUGGUUCCGGGGCUGGGUUUCGCCACGGCGUCGCACGACAUGGGCGUCAAGGUGUGGGAUGCCAGCGGGGGGCUGCUGGCGGAGCUGGUGGGACACACCGCGAUUGUGUAUUGCGUGGCGGCGGUGGAGGCGCCGGCGGGCGCGGGCGGGGGGCUGCUGCUGGCGUCGGGCAGCGAGGAUAACAGCGUGCGGGUUUGGAGGCCGAGUGGGGAGUGUCUGCAGGUCAUUGAGCACCCGGGUAAUAUCUGGGCGGUCGACUUCACCCCCGACGGGGACCUCCUCACCGGCAGCUCCGACGCCGUCGCUCGGCUGUGGUCCCGCCGACCCGACCGUACGGCACCCGCUGACGUGGCUGCAGCGCUGACGUCAGCAGUGGAGCAGCGCAAAGCGGCUGCUGCUGCUGGCGGCGGCGGCGGCGAGGGUGGCGGCGGCGGCAACGGCGGCGGCGGCGCGGCGUUGCCUCCUGGGUUGAAGGUGGAGGAGGCGUUUGUGCUGUCGCAGCCGGGCGCGAAGAACGGGGAGAAUAAGUUCGUGCGGGAUGCGGCGACGGGGGACGUGGUGGCUUACUCCUGGGAUGGCAGCGCGUUUCAGUGGGAGAAGCUGGGAGUGGUGGUGGCGGGGCCGCAGCAGGGCGGUGGCGGUGGCGGCGGGCCUGUGAAGAAGUUCCACGCCGGCCGCGAGUGGGACUACGUGUUCGAUGUGGAUGUGGGCGAGGGGCAGCCGCCACGCAAGCUGGCCCUCAACGCGGCCGACAACCCCUACCUGGUGGCUCAGGGGUUCAUACAGGAACACGACCUGCCGCCGUACUUCCAGGAACAGAUCGUCCAGUUCAUCCUCACCAACACCGGAGGAGGCAAGGCGGCUGCCGGGGGGCCUGAGCCCAUGGACAUCACGGGCGGCUUCUGCGACCCCUUCACGGGCGGCGGGGGCAGCUCCCGACCGCCCGCUGCCCCCCGGCUCCCCGCAGGUACCUUGCCCGCCUCCAUAACGGGAGGGGGAGUGGACCCCUUCACGGGGGGCGGCGGCAGCAGCAGCAGCCGGAGUGCAGGUGGUCUGCCGGCGUUUAUCCCCACGCAUGUGCCCUGUCACACCCUCCUGACCUUCGACAACGUGCCAAACCUGGAGGCCCUGGGCCGCAAGAUCCGCGAGUUCAACUCCUCCGAAUCCGUACCCGCCCCCCUCCGGCUCAGCGAACAAGACCUGGCAACGGGAGGUCCGCUGGACACCCUGCUUCAAAAGCUACCCAAGAUAGCCGCAGCAGCGGCAGCCACCGCCGCCGCCGCCGCAGCAGCUGCCCCUGCCUCUGCCCCGCUCACCACCCCCGCCGACAUCUCCCUGCUCCGCCGACUGCUGUCCUGGCCUGCCGCCUGCCUGUUCCCUGCCCUCGAUGUGGCUCGACUGGUAGCGCUCGAGGGCGGUGCAGUGGGGGCAGCGGGGGCAGCAGCAGGGGGAGGUGCUGCUUUGCUGGCAGCUCCCGAGGUGGCGGGCGACCUGACGGCUGCGGAGCCGCAAGCAGGCACCCUCGCCGGCGCUCUGGCCGCCGCCGCCGCAUCUCCCCUACCCGCCAACCACCAACUCGCCCUCCGUCUCGCCGCCAACGCCGCCGCCUCUCCCCCCGCCGCCGCCGUCGGCCCCCUCCGCUCCUGGACCCUCGCCGCCGCCUCGCCGCUGCUCGACCGCCUCGCGCCGCUGGCGACGGCGCCGACGGCGAACAAGGCCGUACGAAUGAGCGCCGCCGUGUUGUACGGCAACCUAGCGGCGGCGGCGGCGCUACGGCAGCUGCCGUCGGCGGCGGCGGCGGAGGAGGUGCCGCUGCAGCUGCUGUCGGCGGCACUUGAGUUGCUGAGUCAGCUGGCGGCGGCGACGCUGGCGGAGGCGGAUGCGGUGUAUCGGUGCCUGGUGGCGGUUGGGACGUUGCUGUCGGCGGGGGGGAAGGAGCUGUGCUUGAUCGCUCGGGACCUGGACAUCAACGAGCGCAUCCACAGCGUCAUGCAGGCAGCUCGCGGGGGGGGCGCCACAGAGCACAAGCUGCUGCAGGCGGGCAUCGAGGUGACGGCGGUCAUCGCUCGCAGCACGGGGGUCAAGGUGGCCGAGGCGUGACGAGGCUACGAGGGCAGUGGACGAGAGGCCUUGCUGUGGCUGCUGCUGUGGCUGCUGCUGUGGCUGCUGCUGUGGCUGCUGCUGCUGCGGCUGUUUGAGGAGAGCUGGAGGCAGGGAUGUAGGCGGUAGGCGGGUAUGGAGCUGAGCUGGGGGCUGCGGGCAACCCCGGCCUGAGGCAUGUGGGGCUUGGCAUGUGGGGCGGCAGAGAAGGGCGCAUCAAGCCAGUGACCCUCACCCCGCCGCCGCUGCUGCUGCCUCCGGAUGGUUGCGGUUCUAGCGGAAGUUGAAGCGCCGGGGUGAUGUGUUUAAUUGGGUAUGGGGUUGUGCACGCAACGGGCUGGAUUGGUACCUGUGGGGAAGUACAGGAGGGUGUAGCCGGGGGUGCGGUGAUGGGGACGACUGCAGCUCCUUGCUCGCUUGCCUACUGCCUACAGCCCGCUGACGGGUGUAGGCUAGAGACGCAGUCACAAGGAGAAGUAGUGAUUGCUGACCAGGUUCGCGUCAGACAGCCUCCAACAUGCUUCCCGGUGUUUUCCUAAGCCUUCCCAUGUCGUGAAGUGGUCUACGGAGGCCUGAGCAUGGGCCCACUAGGCUGAGCUUGCUUUGCCGUACAACACAUGCUCAGGGUUGCCUUGGGCUGUCCAGGCCGCAGGUUAGCGUCAGACGACCUCCAACUGAUUUCCCUGUGCUUCCCUAAGCCUUCCUAUGUCGUGAAACGGUCUGCUGCGGCCUGAGCACGGGCCAACGGAGCUGAGCAUGCUUUGUCGUAGGGCUGCUGGGAUGACGGGUGUGGCGCCGGCCGCUGCGGCAGGGGCUGCAAGGGCGUGAAACAAUGCCAACGCACUCGUGCUCCUGGGAUUCUGAACCAGCAAACUGCUCGCAGCUGUGCCGCCCCCUGUGGCUGCUGGGAUAACGGACGGGCGUGGCGCGGUCCGCAAUGCCGCGACCAUUGCGCGCUAUCUGCCCAUUCCAACUCGGCAACCGUUUCUUACAUCUCCCACUGUCCCGGUAUUCGCCACAAGUAAGGGACGCGACACACUACGCCCG